ACCUCCCCUAACAUGUUAGAAAUGGUGAUGCAAUGCUAGAAAACAUCUCAUUUGUAAAUUCCAGCACCCCGAAAUUAUCUCUACUCAAGACCUCACACGUCAUAACCAGCAAUCGGAUCGUCUUCUCAGAGGCCGCCAUGGCUACUACAUCUUCAAGCCCGACAGCUUCUGUCCUAAUCUCCUCAAGAACCCCUUCUCGAACAGCCUCUGUCCCGAUUUCAUCACGAACCCCUUACAUGCUCAUCUCCGACACUGUCCUAACAUCUCCCCACAUCAUCAAAUUCAGAACCCGAAACUCCCCACUCCUUUCAGUAAAAUGCUCUUCCGAUUCCACCACCAUCGUCGGCGAAUCUCCGUCUCCCGCUGCCAAUUCAAUUCGUUGCGAUGAAAGUCUCGACGAGAGCGCCGCUUUCGCGAUGUCGAAAAUCGGGUCGAGGAUUAGGGUUACGGUUCCGCUGAAGGUUUAUCACGUGCCUAAAAUGCCCGAGUUCGAGUUGGCCGGCCGAACCGGGGUGCUCAAACAGUACGUUGCGGUGCACAAGGGGAAGGAGAUUUCGGCUAACCUGCCUUAUAAAGUGGAGUUCGUGGUGGAAGGUCUGGACGGCCGCAAGGGACCCCUCAAGUUCUUCACCCACCUCAGGGAAGACGAGUUUGAGUUUCUUGACUGAUCCCCCACCCCCACAAUUAGUGGUGAUUAUGCCCAAUUUUAGUCGAUUGAUUUGUAUAACAUUUAUCGCUGCCUCUGUGAAAUGCGUUUGCUGUAUCGAUAUCAGCUUGUUCCCUUUGACUAAUUGCAGCAGUACUCCCUCAGUACUCUCAUAUGAUAAUGAUCCAACAUUUCUUUGUUGAACAAUUUGCGCUCAUUAAUUUGUAUCAUAUUCAAAUUCAAAUACCCUUUUUGGUUGUCA